CGUGUGGUUAAUUCGGAGAGUGUGGUAUGCUUUGAAGUCGAACUACGACCCGCAUUGCUGUAUGCGAGCGGAGGUGGCAUUGCAAGCGUGGUACUACGAGAUGGCGGCCGACCCUCAUCGGCUUGGCGGUGGCCGCCGGCUGGCGAGGUAUGAUGAGGAAGAUGGCGGUGGAGAUGAUGAUCGGGGCGAGCUCGAGGCCAUGGCGAGCUCAGUGCUGUCCGGGGAGUAUCAGGCGCAGGAGAUGUCGACGAUGGUGUCGGCCCUGGCAAGGGUCGUCUCGGGCGGCGACGACGACCGCUGGGCCGGCCUCCCGUACGGAUGGGCAAUGGGGGGAGCUGGACGAAGCUAUUCUGGGGGCGCGCCGACACCGGAUCAGCUCGCAACAGGUCUACAAGAGCGGAGGAGCCCGACGGCCAUGGGGGAGGAGCAGCAGCAGUUGCCCACGUACGGCGGCGAGCCGGCGUCGGCGGAGCAGCAGCCGGGCCGGCGGUACCGGGGCGUGCGGCAGAGGCCGUGGGGCAAGUGGGCCGCGGAGAUCCGCGACCCGCACAAGGCGGCCCGCGUGUGGCUCGGCACCUUCGAGACCGCCGAGGCCGCGGCCCGCGCCUACGACGAGGCCGCGCUCCGCUUCCGCGGCAGCCGCGCCAAGCUCAACUUCCCCGAGGACGCCCGCCUCACCGCGCCAACCCCAGCCCCAGCCCCUGCCGCCGCGGCAAGCUUGGCUUCUUCCCCGACGAUGUCUUCUUCUGCUUCUUCGACAUCAACGCCCUACGCUGCCGCCGUCUCGGACUACCUGCAGUACCAGAUGCUUCUGCACGGAGGAGGAGGAGGAUCAGGCGUCGGGGGUUUUCCUCCGUACUACGGCGGCAGCGUCAGUAGCUCUUCGGCGGGGGCAUACUCUUUCCCUGAGUCCUCGGUCACCGUGGCCUCCGUGCCGUCCUCUGCUUCCUCUGCUUCGGGGUACGGCGCGGCAGCGGCUGCAGAGCACGGGGCAGCGCAGUGGGCGUGGCCGGAGGCUGCACCGUGGACCUACCCGGCGACCACGGGCUCUUGGUCUGCCUCCAGCCAGUAUCCACCGCCACCUCAUCAUCCUCAAUAAUACGGAGUAGUUGUUUGUUUGUUUCUCGUUUCUUGUUUUAGUUUCGUCCCGGAAAAGAGUUGUUGUAACGCUGGGAAGUGUUUAGAGCUGCUUGUUUGCUCAGAUGUGCAGCAACAAUAUGGUGUGAGUUCAACGUGCGCGCGUGCAGGGAACCAAACGAGGGUGCACGAGAGCAUUGUUUGUAAUCUUCGUUCUUUCGCUUUGUCGAUGUCAAUAACGUGGCAAUCUAAUCAUGUUCCUUUUGCAUCGGAAAGAAGGAUUUUUUUUUUCACCA